AUGUAUGGCCCGGAUUGGCCCAGGAACGGCGAGAUUGAUAUCAUCGAGGGCGCGAACCAGGUCACCAAGAACAUAAUCUCCGGACAUACGCAAGUCCACCGCUCCGUGUCAGCCCGUAGAGACCCAGGAUGCCGCAUCCCAGACACACCACAGGCCGCCGGCCAACCUCUCUUGCGCGACUGUGAAAGCCCAGGUACCAACAACAACGCCGGCUGCAACUACCUGCCCCCGGCGUCGCACCCGCACACCUACGGAGACUCCUUCAACGCAGUCGGCGGCGGCGUCUACGCCCUCGAAUGGACCUCUGAAGCCAUACGCAUCUGGCACUGGCCGCGGCAGAGUAUCCCGCGCGAUAUUAUCGACAAGCGGCCCGACCCCUCGACCUGGGACCUGCCGUCGGCGCUGUUUGGGACGUCAACGUGCGAGGUGGACCGGUAUUUCAAGGACAUGAGUCUCGUGAUUCAGACGAACUUCUGCGGUGAUUAUGCAGCAAACAUCUGGGGCAAAGACGGGGACACCUGCAACCAGCGGGCGCCUACUUGCGUGGAAUACGUGGCGAACAACCCCAGCGCCUUCAAAAACGCAUACUGGGAGGUCAACUUCAUCGACGUGUACGAGAUCGGCGGCGGCCAAAACACGGGUCCGGUAGAGCCCACGACGACGACGACGGUUAAGGUCACGUCCACAAUCUACACGACGGUGCCGAACCCCGCCACCAUCGUGACGAGCAUCACGCAGAACGGCACCGUGCUCGUCUCCACCACCACCAUCAACCCGGCGGGCCCGACGGCCACUGCCCCGCCGAGUCCGUCCACCGACCCCAUCGUUCCGGGGCGCGAUCCGGCGACCAUCGGCGAGUACGCGUACCUCGGCUGCUACGGCUCCGCGACCGGGUUCCAAACGUUCUCGCUCAGGGACUCGGCGGCGGAUAUGACGCUUGAGAAGUGUGUGAUGCUGUGUAGGCCUGGCAAGUAUGCCGGUGUCCGCGGAAGCGAAUGCUUUUGUGCGGGAGACCUCGACCCGGACACCAGAGCCGAGGCGGAUCGCGGGCGCUGCAACGUACCCUGUCCGGGCAACAAUACGCAACUCUGCGGCGGCACCAUCAACGUCUCGCCGGCGCCCUCGCGUCUCAUGCACCUCCACCGCCGCGCCGCGCCGGCCAACUAUCUUCUCACCCUCUACGGUCAGGUCUCGGACGAGGUGCCCGUGCCGGCGCCGCCGCUGGGCGACCCGGAGCCGCACCCGCCCUCGACCUCGACACUCGUGACGACCAUCUCGUACACCACCGUCUGCGCGACCGACGCCGCGUCUCUGGUCCUUGCGGAGCACUGCACGACGAUCCUGGUCCCGGGGUGCAAUAGGUACUGCGGCGACGGGGGCCCGGCGGCCAUCAGCGUGCCGAUGACGACGACGGUGGUCCCGUGCGAGGGGUGCGGUGUGGGCGGUGCGGAUGAAAUCACUCUGACGGUGCCGUUACGGAUCGCCGCUGUGCCGCUGACGGGGUCGGUGACGGGGUACUGGCCGACCGGUGGAUCUGCAACUUUGGCCCCGCCCGGAGGUCCGACCGGGACACCCGCUCCGUCGCCGGUUUCGGUCAGUGCCGCGGCGGACGUGAACCUUGUGUGGGCCAUGGGCCUGGGGGUCGCUAUCGCGAUGGUGCGGUUCGUGUUGAUGUUCUUUUGA